AUGGGUUUAUCCUAUCAGAAGCCGAUAGUCGUUGCUAACACAAACCCGAAGCCAUUGCUGGUAUUCAUGUGUGGAUUGCAUUCUACUGGUAAAACAACAAUAGUCAAAGUUAUAAAAUAUGGCACAAAUGUAACGACUACGAUAACAAUCGGUACCGAUAUGGAAAAAAUAACAAUUAACGACAUUAAUCUGUUGGUGUUCGAUGAGGGUGGACGUUCUCGAGCUCGUGUUUUUCAACGUCAUCGUUAUCGCAGAGCUUCUGGAAUCAUCAUUGUCAUUGACUCAACUGAUAGAGAAAACAUUGAUGACGUACGGGAUGAACUUUUCAAUAUCUUCAACGGAGACGAAUGUCAAACUAGGUCUCUUCUUGUUUUUGCUAAUAAACAAGAUUUACCCAAUGUUAUGUCCUUGGAUGAAAUACAUGACAGACUUAAUUUAAGUAAACUCAACGUAAAUAUUAAAUACCAUUUGCAGCCAGCUUGUGCCAUUCGUAAUGAAGGUCUUCAUGAAGGUUUUCAAUGGCUAGCGAAUUCUUUCGUUGAAAAAAUCGAUCCAGUCAAACCAAUCCAUGAGACAAUGAGCGAUUUGACAAAAUUGAACAAGCAUUUGAUGUCUGUCUGGAACAUAGCGAAUUUCAAAACUUUAUGGGGUAAACUUCUUUAG